GGCCGCGGCACUUGGUUCAGCGACACCACGGGCUCUUGCGGAAAGAAAUUCUCUCAGAAGGACAUGAUCGUUGCACUUAACGAGGCACAGAUGGGUCGGAUGCGGGGUAAGGGUUCCAAGUGCGGACAAAAGAUCCGUGUCAAGACCAAGGGUUCGUCCAAGAGCGUCGUUGUCAAGGUCGUCGAUACAUGUCCUCAUCGUUACUGCAGCCAUGGUCAGCUGGAUCUGUCCCAAGGCGCGUUCAAAAAGUUAGCCCCCAUGUCCAAGGGUGUACUCAAUCUCGAGUGGUCC